AACAAAAAAAAGAAUGUUUUAUCGAUUAUUAAAAUAUGUAAUACCAACAUUUAUUGGUACAUAUAUUUUAUGGUAUCUAAUGAAACCAGAAUGGUUGAAUCAAUUUUGUAUCAUUUGUUUUCUAUUGAUCAUAUCAUGGACAAUUGGUUAUUAUUUUUAUGAUUUAUUUGAACAAAAAACAAUUGAUUCAAUGAUGAAUAAAAUUAUAUUGAUAACCGGCUGUGAUACUGGAUUUGGUAAUCGAUUAGCAUAUCGAUUAGAUCGUAUGGGUUUUCAUGUUUAUGCUGGUGUACUAUUCCCCUUGGGUGAUGAUGUUCAACAAUUACAGCAAAAAUGUUCAAAUCGUUUGAAAAUAAUGCGUAUGGAUGUAACCAAACCAGAAGAAGUGAACAAUGUUGUCGAACAAAUCAAACAAUCAGGAAUGCCAUUAUGGGCAUUGGUCAACAAUGCUGGUAUCGGUAUUUCGGUUCCAUUUGAUUGGGGCAAUGAUAUUGAUGUUUAUCGUAAAGUAUUCGAUGUCAACAUUUUCGGUGUAGUACGUGUGACCAAAUCUUGUAUGCCAUUAUUACGUCGAUCCAGAGGUCGAAUCAUAAAUGUGGCCAGUGCAGCUGGUCGUAUGCCAGCACAAUGGAUGGGACAUUAUUGUAUGACCAAACAUAAUGUACGAAUAUUUUCCGACAUAUUAAGACGUGAAUUAAUCGGUACCGGUAUUAAAGUGAUUACAAUUGAACCAUCAUUUUUUCGUACACAAAUCGUCAAUUUCGAUUUGAUCGAUAAACAAAGAGCAAAAAUUUUCAAUGAAACACCCGAUGAUAUUCGACAAUCAUAUGGUGGAGAAAAAUAUCUUAAAUGUAUGAAUGCAAGUAAUCAAUUAAUAAUGAAUAUAACACAUGAUGGUAUUGAUCAAGUGAUACAAGCAAUGAUCAAUGGUAUAAUAAGAAAGUAUCCAAAAAUUUAUUACCGUUGUUGUACGAAUAUGGAACUGUUCACAAUAUGGGCUGCAUCACAUUUACCAGAAAUUCUAUUAGAUUCAUUCACACAUAUUUAUAAUGAUCGAUUAUAUAGACAAUUUAAAAUUGGUAAAUAUUCCGAUUAAUUAUAAUUAACUAAUUAACGUUCAG